AUGGAUAUCCCCUCAAUACCCGAUGACCCGAGCAGCCUCCCCUUGACGGGGACGUCGGCCUUCGUCGGACAGCCUCCCGCAACCCAGAAUGAUUAUUUCAUCGUCAAGGGUCUCUUUCGUAUGCUCGGAAUGACGACAGCCAACCCGAUGACGGGCUAUUUCCUCGCCGCCAAGCCGCCUCCCGGUUAUGCCCACGAGACUAAACUGCCCGGCGUUUUGACGGGCCUCAUCUUUGUCAUAGUGGCCGUUGUUGCCCCCACAGCCGCAAGAGUAUGGCUGAGAUUGCGAAGAGGUUCAGUCAAGCAGUUCGGUUGGGAUGACUGGGCCAUCAUCGCUGCUGCGCUUCUAGCUCUCGUGUAUCCGAUCGCACAAAUUCAUUCCCUCGCAGUCGGCGCAGCUGCCCUACAUACAUGGGAAGUCACUUACGAGCAAUACAACAUCGGAAUGUUGGGGGCCACGGUUUGCAAGACAACAUUCUUCGUCGCUGUGGGCAUGAUAAAGCUCUCAAUAGCAAUAUUCCUCCGAAGACUAGCGGACCGUCUCCCUAGGUGGUGGCGGAUCGCAUGCGAUAUCUUCAUCGGAUCAACUGUCGCAUAUAUCCUGCUCGCUAUCUUUCUCAACGUCUUUGCAUGCAAUCCGCCGGCAGCACAAUGGGAUUUGGCUUUCCGUGGCAGGCGAGAGCCUGCUCCUUCGUGUAUCGGCCAGGGUGUUGAAUCAAAGAUUCUGACUGGUUUCCAUGUGGCUCAGGGGCUUACUUUGCUGUCAGCACCUGUUGUGAUCUUGUGGAAGAUUCGCAUGCAAACGACAAAGAAGACUCGACUAUUCGCUAUCUGGACGAUAGGUGGUCUGGCAGUUUUGGCAGGCUUGCUCCAUCAAAUCCUUCCUACCAUCACAAACGACUUCACGUGGAACUAUACAGAAGCUCUGAUAUGGGCAUGCUUGGACCUAUCGUUAGGUGUUGUGACAGCCUCACUACCGGUGCUGGAUAGUUUGGUGGAGGAGUAUUGGAGAAGGGCAAAGAGCACCGUAGUCAAGACAUAUGGUGGGAGCAAUUCAUCACCAUCACGAACGAGCGAAGAUAGCGCAUGGCUAUACAGCAAGACUGCGGGUACGGACAAAAGUAGGAAGCAUGCGGCAAGACCUCCUAUAUCCAACAUCACACAGGCCAUGGACCGCUCAGAGUCCAGGGAGAGCAUUGUCAAGAAGGAGGAAGUUCACGAGACCCAAAGUUGUGCGAUUGAGAUGGGAAUUUUGUGCACUCAGGAAAUCGAGGUGCAUGUCUCUGAGGCGGAGGAUGUUGAAAAUGGGCGGGCAGAAAGUCGAGGUCCAAGGUCGCCGUCACCGUUCUACCACAACCGGCCAGAAUGGCACGAUGACUCUCAUAAGUUUUAA